UUGUUGCGUGUCAUUGUGUGGCGGUAUAGUGUAAAGCUCUGUGGGGUUUUGUAUUUCAGUGCAUCUGAGGGAAGUUACAGUCUUCAUAAACACAAACCUGAGUCUCCCUCCUUUAAUACAGGAGGAGGAGUGCUGCCAGGAUAUAAAGCUGAACAUAACACUGACUCCAUUUUUCACUCACUUCCACUGAGACUCAAAAGGCAGAAACAGCUGUGAAACAUGAAAGGAAAAGGUGUUGUGCUGUUCUGUGUGUUGCCGCUGGUGCUGGUACUGGGCCAGGAAAAGUCCUUCAGCUGGGAUGGACCAGGACAAACCCUUGCUCCAGAUCCCAUCAACCCAUGCCUGACUGACCAGAACUCAUGUGGUUGUUGUGUGAUGCAGAAGAAAAAAUGGGAGUUAGAGCAAUAUUUAAACUCUAGUAUUAAUACAUUGGAGGAUUUGCUGGCCAAAGCACAAAACACACUGAGAAACAUCAGAGACAAUCGAGUGGCAUUUUCUGUGGGUCUAACUGACAGGAGACGUUGCAUUGGUCCGUUAAGAACAGCGACAAAUCUGGUCUAUCAAAGCAUCUUUAUCAACAUUGGAGAGGCCUAUAACUCAUCCACCGGUGUGUUCACGGUUCCACAGUCAGGCGUGUAUAACCUGGCAUUUACUGUUUUCAGCGACGCAGGCUCACCAGGCGCAUUGCUGGCUGUUUGUGCCAGUAUCAGGAAGAAUGGUGUGGCUCUAGCUGCGCUUAGGGAGAUUUAUGGACAAGACCAGGAGGACCAGGCCACUGCCGUCCUGCUUGCGCAGCUUAGCGCAGGGGACAAUAUUACCAUCAGUCUCCAGGCUGGCUGCUGGAUCUGUGAUGAUCAGAAUCACUAUAACACAUUUAGUGGUUUUCUGUUGUAUGCUACAGAGUGAAGCACACACACACACACACACACACAGAGACUUUAAAAUGAUAUUAGUGAGGAGAUAGAUGCAGUGGUUUUCAUACAAAGAUCAUAAAUUCUAAACCUAAAUAUCACACAAAACUUUUAACAUCAUUAGAUUUGAAGCAAAAUUUGAUUUGGUAAAUGUAUCAGCAUUUCAAUUAGUGAAGACCACUUUAAAUGAAGUUGGUUUUCAACAGGUUUUCCUAUACUUUGUUUUUAAAUAUUUGACAGUGAACCAUGUAAACAAACCUAGACACAAACACAUACUGAUUGUGAAAUAAUAGAAUGUUGCAAAAGGUACAGAUUUUGAACUAACAAUAAUAAAAUGUUGACAUUAAAAACUAAA